UCUCAUAGGAACCGGUUGUUAUUAUUAGCCGACAGCAUUCGCAGCUCAAUGGUGCGCUCUCCGUGUGUUUAUUAAAUCAUCUGGCGUUUCUAAGUAGUUCAGUGAUGGAAGUGAACAGGGACGAAGCGGAGCGAUGCAUCGACAUCGCGCUCGGAGCGCUGGAGAACGCGCAGCCGGAGAAAGCGCGCAGGUUCCUGGAGAAAGCGCAGCGGCUCUUCCCGACACAGAAAGCGCAGGAGCUGCUGGCGUCUCUGGAGCAGAAUGGCGAUGCGUCGUCUCAGAGCAGCACCGCAGGAGCCGCUGAUGGCACAGAAGCACGUCAGCGCAGGUCUGGGGUCAGCAGUAACGGCGCGGCACCUGCCGACUCCAGUAAAUCCUACACACCCGAGCAGGCCGAGGCCGUCAGAAGAAUAAAGCAAUGCAAGAACUACUACGAGAUUCUUGGCGUGCAGAAAGAUGCUUCUGAAGACGACCUUAAGAAAGCCUACAGAAAACUGGCAUUAAAGUUUCACCCUGAUAAGAAUCACGCUCCAGGAGCCACGGAGGCGUUUAAAGCCAUAGGAAACGCAUAUGCAGUGCUGUCAAAUGUGGAAAAGAGACGGCAGUACGAUCAGUUCGGAGAGGAGCGCAGCGGCACGGGUCGCCGGUCCAGCCAGGCCAACGACACACACUUCGAGGCCGAUAUUUCACCUGAAGAUCUCUUCAACAUGUUCUUCGGAGGAGGCUUUCCUUCUAGUAAUGUUCACAUGUACAGUAACGGACGGAUGCGCUUUAAUCAGAAUCACGGCGAGAGAGGAGAGCACAGAGGGGGAGGUCUUGCUCUCCUCAUGCAGUUGAUGCCCAUCCUCAUCCUCGUCAUCGUAUCAGCGCUCAGUCAGAUGAUGGUCACCAACCCGCCGUAUAGUCUCAGCUUCAGACCGUCGGCGGGUCACACACACAAGCGCGUGACGGAGAAUCUGGGCGUGACGUAUUACGUGAACGAACGUUUCACUCAGGACUACAGUGGCAUGAGUCUGAAACAGGUGGAGAGCAGCGUGGAGGACGACUACAUCUCCAACCUCAGGAACAACUGCUGGAAAGAGAAACAACAGAAGGAGGGUCUGCUGUACCGGGCGCGGUAUUUUGGGGACAGUGAUCUGUACCAGCGGGCUCAGCGGAUGGGAACCCCGAGCUGCUCUCGGCUGUCUGAGGUUCAGGCGUCUUUACACGGAUAGAUGAUCCGUCACCGCACUACCUGGUUCCAAAAACAAUCUCUCCAGUCUGGAAUAUGGAAGAACGCCAUACGGAUUGUAAAUACAUUUGUUCAAACAACAGGGCUGAGCAUUUGCAACAACUACUGAACUUGAUUAGAAAGACUUACUGAGGGCUGAAUCUGCGUUUGUGUGUGUGUCUGUGCGAAUGCAUGCUAAGGACCAUGUACGUGAGCAAGUGUGAGUGUGUGUGCGUGUGUAUGCAUGCUAAGGAUCGUAUGAGUGUGUGUGUGUGUGUGUGUGUGUGUGUGUGUGAAAUCGGAGCUGGUGUUUUGGACUCCUGCGGAUGAAGGACGUUUCCUCGCAGUCUGAAUGUUCUGGCCUGGAUUAAAGUUCAUGGUGUCGUUUCUCUAAAUUCAGCCUCAUUUUCAGCUCUGGCAGGAAUCAACAAUCUGGUUUUGCAUUUUGAAACGGACUGGAGAUGGGAUGACAAUGUCUGCAUAUAUUUAUUUGAGUUUGUUUAGAUGGAGAUCAUGUCUUUUUAAUGAUUUAUAUUUGUAUGUUUGAGAUUUAUCUAUGCAGGGAUCUUACUGAUGAAUUACGGCGUACGCGUUCGACUUUAUCGAUAACUGUCCUGCGUGUUAGGAGUAACUUCGGCUGCUGUACACAGGUGAUAUUUAUUGAAGGAUCGAAUAGGAAUAUUUAUUUCAUAUGAAGUUUUAUUUUCUACAUGACUUAGUGGAACUAUUUCAUCGCUGGCAGAGACUACGCUGCAAUUAUUUCACUCUGAAUACAAAUAAAGAUUGUACGUGCCACUGUCUGCCGUGGGUGUGUGAGUGUUGCACGUAACAGUGUUUCAGACUCAGGAUGUCAGUCGAUGCCAGAGUGAGCUGAAUCAUGUGUUUCAGCACGUUCAUAGUCACCCGUCUGAAAAAAAGGAAAAGCAGCGUGUGGAAUGCUAAUAAAAACAGCUGGGAAAAAGUCAUGCGCUUUGCUUAAACCAAUACUUCACCCAAAAAUGAACUAGAAUGACUAUAAUAGUUUCUUUAUCAGAUUUGGAGAAAUGUAUCAUUGCAUCACCAAAGGAUCCUCUGCAGUGAAUGGGUGCCGUCAAAAGAAGACAAAAGCUGAAACAAAUUCAUUUUAAGCUAAAAUACGAGUCCAUGCACGCUUAAAAACGUCUUAGUGAUGGAUUUGUUUCUACUUUUGUCUUCUCAAGAUGUUAACUGAUGGAUUGGAGUGGUGUGGAUUACUUGUGAUGUUUUAUCAGCUCUCAUUCUGAUGGCACCCAUCCACUGCUGAACAAGCGAUGCAAUUAAAAUGCAUUAUAAGGUUGCAUUCCUUGUUGCAUCCAAGUUAGUUGUUUGUCAUUUGUUCCAAUGCAUUAUGCUUUCUAAAGCUAAAAAUGAAUAGAUGUUUUAUAAUAACUGUGGUUACAGACCAUGCAGUGCAUCAUAAGAUGCAUUACAAAGCAUAAUUUAUGUAUUAAGAAUACUUUUAGAAUGCAACAUAAUGACAUUUUUUUAAAAGCACCACAGAUUGUUUUUGAAUAGCGCACAAAUGUAUCAAAACGAAAGUACUUGGCAGGAAAUCAGAUCAUUUUUAUAGAAAGAUUUAUAAUAGAAAAAAAAAAAAGUCUUGGCAAGAACUGUGCAACA